UCCUCAAAGGAGGGACAGCAGCCCUGCUCUUACAUUUCGCUGCCUAACUCUGUCCUGAAUGUGCCCGAGUGGGGAUGGUCUUUCAGUGGCUAUAAACUGCUUCUCAUCAGGGAACUACAUUAGCUCACCAUCACUUCAAAGGUCUCGUCAGACAGAGGUGACGCCAGGAGAAGAUUUAAAGGUGAAAAUGACAAGGUUUCCACCUCUCAAACCCUGGCUCCUUCUCUGACAAUACAGCUAAGGAACCCAGCGUCCUCUUAGCUGUGGAAAUAGGAUCGGAAGAGGAAAGCCUUUUUUUUUUUUUCUCUCUUUAAUUCUUGAUAAAGAACUGCUGGGAAGUGCUUGUCUUUGAAUAUCACAGAAUUGUGGCACAGAUGGAUUUUAAAAAGUGUUAGCUCUUUCCAAUGAACACUAGGAGAGUGCCCUGCUCUUGGCUGGAUUUUUCAGAUGUUAAGGGACAUAUUUAUGAGCUUCUGGAAAGGGUCUUCAAUCCAAUCCCUGGCAUGACCUCUGCUGGAACGUUCCUUCUCGGCUGCCAAGGAGCCAAAGAACAUUACGUCUGAUAUCUCCCUUCCCUCCUGAGUGGGACGUACUCCGCUGGGGGCUGCAAGUCAGGGGUAACCUGUUCUCGUCUCAUGUCCUCUCCAGAGAAUGGCAAUGGUGUCUGCGAUGUCCUGGGUCCUGUACUUGUGGAUAAGUGCUUGCGCCAUGCUGCUCUGCCAUGGAUCCCUCCAGCACACCUUCCAGCAGCAUCACCUGCACAGACCAGAAGGAGGGACCUGCGAAGUGAUUGCAGCCCACAGGUGUUGUAACAAGAACCGUAUAGAGGAGCGGUCACAAACAGUGAAGUGUUCCUGUCUACCUGGGAAAGUGGCUGGGACAACAAGAAACCGACCUUCCUGCGUGGAUGCCUCCAUAGUGAUUGGGAAAUGGUGGUGUGAGAUGGAGCCCUGCCUAGAAGGAGAAGAAUGUAAGACACUCCCUGACAAUUCUGGAUGGAUGUGUGCCACAGGCAACAAAAUUAAGACCACAAGAAUCCAUCCAAGAACCUAACAGAAGCAUUCAUUAUACAAAAAGGAAAAACAACCUGUGGAAAAUACAUUGCGAGGAUUUAAAAUAGCUUACAUACUUGCAAGCAAAAUGGAUCUCUUAUUUGCACUUUGACUGGUUACCAGAUAAUCAGAGUGCAUUUACUUUGUGAAACAGAGUACCCCAUAAGAAGACUUGGGAUUUUCUGGCAGCAUCAUGGGAAAAAGACUCUAAAAAAUCAAAACAAACAAGUUUUCUCAGUGAAGUUUGGAGGAUCAUGAAGAACGAUCAACCAUCUUCUAACUUGGAACUACCAUUACUUUGUACCAUUUGAAAUAUAUGUAUAUAUAAUAUUUUGAAAUAUUAUAUAUUCUCUUCAAGAAAUGAACAGUACCACAGUGCGAGGUGGCUGGUGUAUCCCUUUUGGUUUUGGAUGUUUGGUCGGUUUUGUUUCGCUUGCCAUUUCUUUUUCUCUUGGUGAGGAAGACACAUGCCCAUGUGCGAAUCCAACAUGGCGCUCUCCCUGGAAGGCCAGCUGCAGGCGAACUCCUGGAAUCUGAGGCAUCCUGACAAUACUGAGUCAAGAGCUUCCCUCUGCUUCUACCUGGUCACCCAAGGAAGCUCGUCGUCUUGUUUUAUUGCUUUCUACCCUGUGCAAUAUUAGCAUGCAAGCUUGGCUUACAUAACCAUACUUUAUAUUCGAUUGAUAUAUAAUAACCGUUCUAACCUCUUCCAGGAAAAUAUUUUUAGAACUACUAGCUUUUCCACAGAUAGGCAAAUGAGGACUCUUGAGGGAGCUACUCCACCACACUUUUAAGACUCUGGCAGGGUGGAAGGAUGUAGAUUCCUACAUUAACAAGUCCUGUAAAUACAAUGUCUUAGGGCUUUGUAUAGCUGUCCUAGACUGCAGAAGUGUCCUCUGAUUAAAUCCAAAGUCUGGCAUUGUUAACUACAUCGUGCUGUAGUGACGCGUCUUAUCAAAGCACCUCUUUCUAAGUUUGAUUUGCUUUUUCCUAGAGUAUUCGCAUCUCCUCCAGUGAGAUAGGAAGGCUAUGAAAGCAAUUAGGUUUCCCAGUGAUCUAUGUGACCAAAUGUUGGACAGCCCUAUUAAAGUGGUAAAUAACUUCUUUCUUAACCCACUAGUCCUCGUGUCUGCCAUUUAGUUUUACAGACUCUGCUUUGACCAAAUCACAAGAAGACCCUGUUCAUAUUUGUAGUUAGCUGGAAGGUCUUUGAAACUAUGGAGGCUACUAUUGCCAACAAUAAAAUAUUUUGAAACCUA